UACCCAAGAGAAUGGAGUAUUUUAAAAAUUCCAAACCCUUACUUUGCCAUUGUUCUGAUGGGAACUGCAAUGACGCUGGUGACUGUCCCACUACUAAUAAGUGUGCAAGGCGCUGGUUUGGACCUGGCUGUCAGCAGAGUAAGUGAUCCAUUAAGAUCAUCAUGCUGUAAUUUGUGAGUAUUUCCAUUAACUUAAAUUAUGUUGUUAAUUGGUUGCGUUUAUGACAUUCAUACAAAUGUGAACCUGCUUUAAGACACAUUUCAAAAAAUUAAGUCGAAAAAAAAGAAGAAUAUUUUUUUUUUAAUGUUACUAAUUUAGAAAUUGAAAUUGAUAAAUUUCAUAAAGGUUUAUACAAGAAAAUCACAUUAAUUUUAUUUAAAAAAAACAACUAUAUUUUCAGUAUGCACCAAAACUAAGAUUACUUAAACACCUGCAUCUUGAACGUACACAUAUCGUUAUUAAUGGAGUAACAGUCCAGCCGCUUUGCAUUCCCUUUAAUUGAAGCAAAUAUGAUCGUGAUUGGGGACUGAGGUUGAAAAUAAAGAUAUAAUUAUUUCGAGAGGAAUUUAAUAACAAGACGGCUCCCUCUAACACAGUAGUGAUGACUAUUAUUAAACGAUUUGACCGUGUAUAAAAGAAAGUCACUUAAUGGUCGGUGAGACCUGUUAAACCAUUGAAAUGUUACAUUUAGAAAUGGUGUCAGCGGCCGUCGAGCUUGCGCUCUUUAUGCCCUCCCCAAAACACCCCUCCACAACCCGGUAUCGGGCCGGGGAGCAGCACGUCGGGGAUAUCCCUUUGUCAGGACAGCCCCCAUCCAAGUCUGCUCGACAAGGGUCCCCGCCGGGGGCCCUCCUAACUCAAAUACACCCGGUCGGUUCGACACUGUGUUUGCACAGAGUGCACACGAUUGACUUUCUCAUGAGUCGGGAUGGAAAGAUUUACGUCCUAAUAUCUUCCCCCACCCAUCCCCGGGAAGCGUUAGAUGCCCUAUAACAGGGAUUCUACAGUGGGUUUCCACAACGCAACUAAUUCGCGAUGCAGCUGGGACGAAACGGUUGCCUUGGAGCAGCUUCUCAAGGCUGCAUUGUAAGAAUAAUCGGCCAGAGGUUACCACCUUCACCUCUCGCCUAAUAUCCAUUUACGCAACUUCUUCUUCUUCUAUAUCUUAAGGGCCCACGAUCAAUUUAUUGAUCAUUUUGGCUCCAAUGCAUGUAGAUGGGAUUUGCAAUGUUUCUCUUCCUGGUGUUGAUGACGAAAUUACACUGAUUUCCAGUGCCACUUUGUGAGGGAAUCAUGCACUUGGUGUUUGAAGGCUUGAGGCAAUAGACUCAAAUGUGUCUAGUGUUGUCGCCUCAACCGUUCCUUUUGAAAGAUUGCUCCAGUCCCUGAUUGUCUUGGGCAGGAAUGAGCAGCUCCUAUACUGGCUUCUUGCUGGUAUGAGCCUGAAUUGCCUGUCAUGGCCUCGUGCUGCCAACACUAGAGGUAUUCCUGUAGCGGUUUAGGACAAAGCAUGCUGCUCGUCGCUUGACCGCCUCCAAUCUGUCAAUGCUCUUCUGGGUAAAUGGGUCCCAGACUGAAGAUGCAUAAUCUAAAACCAGUCUGACAAAGGCUUUAUAUGCCCUUUUCUUUCACACAGGAGUUGCCAAUCUUUAGAUUUCGCCUUAAGAACCCUAGGUUCUUGUUUGGUUGGUUACAUACAUUGUUAAUAUGCUCGUCCCAUCAUAAUCCCAACCCUGUCUCUGCCAAUUUUUCCAGUUGUGAAGUAUCACAACAGGCAGCCAUGUAGGAGAUUUUUUAUGUACGGCAGGUACCGAGCACAUCCCUAGUCUGCUCACACAGAACGCUCUUAGUAGUUGUGUUCCCCGGGUAACGCGAGGGGGUCGGUGGCCGACGCCUCCUAAUCGACAAGCCACCACAGACUUGUCAACCGGAGAACCGGGGAUGUUAAGCCAUUAAAAGAAGGGACUUUAAUAAUUAGAACUAAAUAAAAUCAAAUAGGCUUUCCAGCCCCCAGUGCAUGACACUCUCACAAAGUAGCCUUUGAAACCAGUGAAAUAUCCUCAUCAACACCACUCACAAUAACAUUGCAAAUCCCCUCUACAUGCAUAGGAGCCAAAAUGAUCAAUAAAUCCAUCGUGGGCCGUUGAUAUAUAGAAGAAGAAGGAGAAACUGCACAUCUCUAUUAAACCCUGUAUCAUAAUGAGCAACGAUGUCCCACGUCAUCAUCUUUUCUAGUAUUUCUAGCCCGGUUAAGUCUUGUCCAUCCUGUAUGCGAUACGAAAAUCAACCUCUGUCAAAAUAAACUGAUGUAUCGAGAAAUAUAACAUUGAAAGACAUUCGUCUUUGAGCUUAUAGAAUGGGUCUCCUUUCUGGUUAACGAUAGCGUGCUUCUGUAUAGAAACUGUUACAGGAAUCCCCUUUCCGUUUGACACAGUACAUUUGCAUUUUCGUGAUAAUAUACAACAUAACGGUGUUACUUGGUGCCAGUCGGUGCAAGACUUACAAAUUUCGCUUAGAAUUGUUCUGUCACGGACCAACUUUAUGCUCAGUUACGUAUAGGCGAUGAAUUAUGGGCAUUAAUGAAGACAUUUUCCGUCACCGAAAUACCCAUUUGCAACUAAAACUAUCCAACAUAUGGUCCUUUUUUAAAUUCAAGGAACACUUUGCGGCUGGAGUAAUGCACCGCGCACAGAUUUGAAACUCAUAAAAACGUUUAUAAUGCAAGAGAUUCAGUUUUGGUACAUUUGUCGCAUUAGUGCUUCUGAUUAAGCACUAGUAUGAUGUAAUAUUUAUUAAAUCAUUGUAAAAAAUAGUUAAAAUGUUAAAUAAUGUGCAUUUUAAAAAUUAAAAAAAAUUUAGGUACCCAUUUUUUUUAUUCCUACCCUUAUGUCCUUUUAUGUGUUUACGUCUUUCAAAAAUGCUUUACACAGGAAGUCUUCCAAACAGCCUUGAAGGGAUAAUGCCGGUGUUAUUCGACAACGACGAUACGACGUGCCUAGGGAAAACCAUCAAUACUAUGAAAUUGUCUUUCGGACACAAUCACAACUUUACGUGGCUACGUCUUGUUUUUGGUCAAACAGGUUUGUCUUUAACGAAAGUGCAUGUUUAAUACAGAAAUUGAUAUGACCUGAUUUUAUUCAGAUAAAAAAUUUGAGAAAAAGCAUUAACACAAGUGUUCAAUCAAUGAUUUUAGUGUUCAUCAACGUUAAGGUAUAAAAACUUGUUUUCGCUUGCUAAAGUCCUGAAAAGAUGUGAAUAAAUAACAUUAUCAGACUCAACAACAAAGACUUACAAUUCUUGUUUCAUUUCUUUUCCCAAACAGGACAAGUUAAUAAUUUUCAAAUCUCGUUUCCUGGCGAACAUGGAAAAUGUACACGUUUAGUGAAUGUCACUGUAAAUGUCAACGCUGUGGAUCUGUCGUGCCCGACAAUGACGACGGCUGUCAAUAAUCUAAAGGUGUCGUGGACAGGAAAAAAAGCAUUAUGUUCGUGUUACAUAAAUGGAGGUAAUCAUGAACCGAUGAUGUUGUAUUUCUUUAAUUAUUUUAGCAGAGUCUAUAUAAUUUUCAUUUGGCUGUUUUUCUAUUAUGAGAUUUUUAAGUAUUUUGUUUAAAGUGUCACAUUUAAUGUAUUUAUCAGAUUACAAUAGGUUAAUGCCUAUACAACCAUCACGAAAUGGAAAAAAAUAUAUAUAUUCACCAUUAGAGCUUAACCGGUGGCAGAUUUUUUUACACCGUGUCCGGUAUGUUCAGAAAUAGGCCUACCGAAAGUCUUACACCCUGUCUGCAGGAAAUUCAACAAUAUGUCUAAAGACACUCCAACACCCUACCUGCCAGCCUUUAAAUAUUAGUGCUAAUGUUAAUUAUGCAGGCAUUCUUACACCAUAUUCGUGGCUCUUUAUUGACAAAUAUAAUUGUCCCCCCCCGCUAAAAAAAAAAAAAAAUAAUAAAGAAAAAUAUUACCUGAGUUCAUACGUCGAAAGUGGUAUCUUUUUUUUUACUCAGUACAAUUAAUAUAAAACAUGUGGAGUUUGGGGGUGGGCUGUUUAAAAAAGGAAGUGGAGUCAUUAGAGAAUUUUUUUGUGUGCCCUUGUAAAACCCGGAUGAAGUAUGGUUUUUUUGGUGAUGGAAAAAACUUUGAGAACUUCUGCUGUAUUCAAAGAAAAAAAAAUUCUAACUAGACACACAUUCGUUUAAGCUGCGAGUGGCCACGUCAUCUUCCCCCAAUUAUUUCUGCAUAAGUCGGUUCUUGCUAGGUGGUAGCAGUUGUUCAGGAUAUCGUUGAGAAGAUCAAAUCACGGGACACUGAGUCACACUGGCGGACACAACAUUUUAUGUGAGCGAGGGGUCAGUUGUGCCCAGGGCAAGGGGGCCUGGACGUCUUGGCGAUUUUCGGGUGGCAUUAGCCUCAGCAGCGCCAUAGCUGAAUUGUUCCCUUAAAUGAAUGAUAUCUCAUCUGGAUCAAAAGUUGUCAGUGACGCUCACGUCUCUAUGGUUUUCAUGGUCGUCAAAUUUCACUAUUCGCCUUCAACCGGGGAAGUUUUAAAAAAAAAAUAUCUUCAUUUAAAUUUUACCUCCGCUUUAAAAGACAUAAAUAUAUUGCACGUUUUUAAUACGCGAACAAUAGUUUAAUUAAGUAAUAGUAUGUUUUAAGCGUUCAUUAUAUUCAGAUAUAUAGGAGAUUUUUUUUCUAUCAAUCCGUCUUUAUUAAGAAGCUGUUUUUUGUUGUUGUUUUUAUCAAAUGAAGGUAAAAACAUAAUGCUAUUGUACAGUUUGAAUUCGGCUACGGCUAACCAUCAACUCGUCACCUCACCGAUUGACGGGGACAAAGGGAAGAGCGUUCCAUGUAUAAACGUUACAUUUGGUUUUACAGAACCAUAUUAUACUGUAAAAUUUGACUUUGAGUUCGUGCCCACGGAAAUUAUUCUAUACAGGCGUAUAAGUGAGCAUGCGUAUUUAAUUUUUUUCCCGUGAACUUCCUUUUCAGAGAGGUUUUAUUCUGAUGUGCGUUAUUGUUGUAUUUUUUUUUUUUUAAAUUCCUUUACUUAAUCUUCCUUGCGGUCUUUUUAUUUUUGUCCUCCUUAUUAAAAUGGUGAAAUGAAAUGAUUUAAUUUUUUUUUUAAGUUUUAACAAUAAAAAAUAUAAUUUUUUAUAACACUUAUUAAUUAUUUAUAUUCCUUUUAAAAAAAUAAAAUUAAUUGUUUCAAAAUUUUAAAAAAAAUAAAUUUUAAAAUAUUUAAAAAAAAGAAAAUACCUGGCGUUGAAAAGCUGAACCUGAAAAUGGUUUCGGAUCACCAAAUAACGUACACUUAAAAUCCGGACCAUUAAUUGUGUCUUUUAUAAGCCUACGGUCGUAAAAUGGCUUCAUUUAUAUUUCUGUAAGAACAAAAACUGUGUUUAGAAAAAAACAAAACAACUCAACUUUUUAUUUAAAUUUGGAAUAAAAAUUAUCAUAAUUAAAUUAUAAUAUGAAAUCUCGCCUAUCUGCUAAUAUCUUAAAUAAAACACACAAAAAAAUACUUAAAAUCUAUUUUGUAUUUAUAUUAGUAUUUCUUUCAGUCUAUUUACAUUACAAAGUGUGUAUUCUGACCCAAAGCAUCUAGCAAUAAAAUUGUUGGUAACACUGCAUUGGAAUGGCGCUCUAUUUUCGCGUAAAUCUCAGCACAUAACAUUCUACUUAAUUUGAUUAUCCUCCAAUACAAACAAACACUGAAGGAAAUAAAACAAUAAGUAAACUUAUUUGUUGCUUUUUUCUUUUAAACUUAAAAGUAACAAACAUAAAAAGCAUACAUUAUUAUGUUUUUUUUAUUUGUUUGUUUGAAUUUUUUAUAUUUAAAAAAAAAAUAUUUUGUUGUUUUUCUAUAAAAUAAUUAUCAUUUAUAGGUCUAUUAUGAUUUGUUGUUCAAAGAAAGCAUUUUUUAAUUGUAUAUUAAAAUAUGUACGGUAUUUUUCAAAGGCAAUAUUAUGUAAAUUUACACACUUAAUACGAUUCAUAUUUGCUGCUAUUGCAGAUCCUAAAGGCUACCAACAUUUAGACGGAGUUGUUAUAAGUGUCUAUGACAAGACCGGAGACACAAUUCCUGUCUCGCAAAUGAGCACAAACAGCGUGUUCUCUACCGUGUUGCUGAACCCACUCCUAGAGAAGCCAAUCACUAAAAUCGUUGUCACGCUGUCCAAUGAAAGCAUAGCGCUCAGGAAAGG